AUGGGGGAUAAAAUAGAAGCAAAAAAAAUUGCUAUUGAAGCCGGGGUAAGUACAGUGCCGGGCUAUAUUCGUACUAUUAGCAAUAUCAGCCAAGCAGUAGAAAUCGCAGAAAAAAUAGGGUUUCCUGUAAUAGUCAAAGCCGCAGCAGGAGGAGGUGGCCGAGGAAUGAGAGCAGUAAAAAAUUCUGAAGAAAUGGCUAAUGCUUUCGAAUCGGCUAAGCUUGAAGCAGUAAAUAAUUUUAGUGAUGGAAGAUUAUUUAUUGAAAAGUUAAUUAGGUCUCCGCGGCAUAUUGAAAUCCAGUUAAUAGCUGAUCAGUACGGUAAUAGUGUGUGCCUUGGUGAACGUGAGUGUUCCAUUCAACGUUAUCAUCAGAAGGUAAUUGAAGAGGCGCCGAGCUCCUUUAUUACCGAAGAAAUAAGACAAAAAAUGUAUGAAGAAACAAUAGCUUUAUCAAAUAAAGUUGGUUAUUACUCCGCAGGUACAGUGGAGUUUAUAGUUGAUUUAGAUAAAAAUUUUUAUUUUCUUGAGAUGAAUACUAGAUUACAAGUUGAACACCCUGUAACUGAAAUGGUUACAGGCAUUGAUAUAGUAGAAGAAAUGAUAAAAAUCGCUGCCGGAGAGAAAUUGUCAUUUU